AUGGACAAUUUGAGGUACACUGGGACAAUGUGCAAUGUGUUUUUGCUUGGUCUGAGCUCUUUGUUAAUCUCAUGGGUUUCAUGUGUAAAAGCUAAUAUUGUUACAUAUGAUCACAAAGCAAUAGUCAUAAAUGGGCAAAGAAAGAUUCUUAUUUCUGGCUCAAUUCAUUACCCAAGGAGCACACCUGAGAUGUGGCCAGAUCUUAUACAAAAGGCAAAAAAUGGUGGGCUUGAUGUAAUUCAAACAUAUGUGUUUUGGAAUGUUCAUGAACCUGUGAAGAGACAGUAUAAUUUUGAGGAAAGGUAUGACUUAGUAAGGUUCAUAAAGCUGGUGCAUGAAGCAGGGUUAUAUGUUCACCUCAGGAUUGGUCCAUAUGUGUGUGCAGAGUGGAAUUUUGGGGGUUUUCCAGUGUGGCUAAAGUAUGUUCCUGGAAUUAGCUUCAGGACAGAUAAUGAGCCAUUUAAGAAUGAAAUGAAAAUUUUCACAAAGAAGAUUGUAGAUAUGAUGAAAGCCGAAGGUCUGUUUCAAGUUCAAGGCGGUCCGAUCAUAAUGUCUCAAAUUGAGAAUGAAUACGGACCAGUCGAACGAUUGAUGAACGAACCUGGCAAAAAGUACACCGAAUGGGCAGCCCAAAUGGCUGUGGGUCUCGGAACAGGAGUUCCAUGGGUUAUGUGCAAGCAAGAUGAUGCUCCCGACCCAAUCAUUAAUACCUGCAAUGGUUACUAUUGUGAUUACUUCUCUCCCGGACAAACUUACAAGCCUACGAUGUGGACCGAAGCCUGGACCUCCUGGUUUACUUCAUUUGGUAACGCAGUCCCAAGCCGCCCGGUUCAAGAUCUGGCGUUUUCGGUCGCUAAAUUCAUUCAGAAGGGUGGAUCGUUUAUCAACUAUUAUAUGUAUCAUGGAGGUACGAACUUUGGCAGGACAGCCGGAGGUCCAUUUAUUGCGACUAGUUACGACUAUGAUGCACCCAUCGAUGAGUAUGGAUUAAUAAGGCAGUCUAAAUGGGGCCACCUAAAAGAUCUACACAGAGCAAUAAAGCUCUGUGAGCGAGCUCUUGUAUCCGUCGACCCCAAGGUUACGUCCCUCGGAAAAAAUCAAGAGGCUCAUGUUUUCAAAUCGAGCUCCAAGACUUGUGCGGCUUUUCUUGCAAACUACGACCAACAAUCGAGAGCAACCGUAAAAUUCGAGAGUGUUUCAUACAUUUUGCCUCCUUGGUCUAUAAGCAUUCUCCCCGAUUGCAAGCACGUUGUCUAUAACACCGCAAAGAUUGGUGCUCCAAGUUCAAGAAUGAAGAUGACGGGUGUGACGGGUAAAUUCGAAUGGAAGUCGUACACCGAAAACAUUUAUGACGAGGAUGGCUCGUUCACGAAGCCUGGACUGGUCGACCAGCUCGACUUGACAUGGGACACGACCGAUUAUUUAUGGAGCAAAAUAGACGUGGAUAUUGACGGGAAAGAAGGAUUUCUCCGUCACCGGAAGAAGCCGGUUCUUACGGUCAUGUCCGGCGGCCAUGUCUUGCACGUUUUCGUUAAUGGAAUAUUAGUAGAGACCGUCCAUGGAGUUUAUGGUCACCCCAAAGUGGCUUUCACAAAAGCCGUGAAUCUAAAGGUCGGGCACAACGAAAUCCGCUUGCUAAGCGUAGCUGUUGGUCUCCCGAAUAUCGGCCUGAAUUUCGAAAAUCGGCAACUUGGUGUUUAUAGUGUUUCACUAGACGGUCUUAACGAGGGAAGAAGAGAUUUAACACAUCAAAUUUGGACUUACAAGAUUGGUAUGCAUGGAGAAAAAUUGGGUCUUUCUACAGAAAGUGGAAGUUCUUCUGUUCAAUGGUCUGCAGAUACAAGUGUAUCAAAAGCUUUCACAUGGUAUAAGACAACUUUCAAAGCUCAUGUUGGAAAUGAUCCCUUGGCCUUAGACAUGAAAACCAUGGGCAAAGGUCAAAUAUGGAUCAACGGUAAUAACAUAGGUCGGUAUUGGACUACUUUGAAAGCAUCAGGCGACUGCACUCCAUGCCACUACACCGUUUGGUACAACGACCAUAUAUGCCGUCGUGGAUGUGGCCAACCUACUCAAAGAUGGUUCCACAUCCCUCGAUCAUGGCUCAAGAACACGGAAAAUUUAUUGGUCGUGUUUGAAGAAUUUGGAGGGGACCCGAGUGGGAUCACUUUGGCAAAACGGGAAGUAGCCACGACGUGCACAGAUAUACACGAGUCGCAACCGAGCUUAGUAAAUUGGCAAAUCCAGGCAUCAGGAAAUUACUUUCAGUAUAACCAAACAUUAACGGCUAAUGCGCAUCUCAAUUGUGGCGACGAAAAAAAGAUUGCGUCGAUCGAAUUCGCUAGCUAUGGAAAUCCUCAGGGGAUCUGUGGUAAUUACCAUGUAGGGAGUUGCCAUUCACCUAAUUCUCACCACAUUGUGGAGCAGCUCUGCAUUGGGAAGAAAAAUUGUACGUUAGAAGUUAUGGCAGCGAGCUUCGGAGGUGAUCCAUGCCCGGGUGUGACGAAAAAGCUAGUUGUGGAGGCGACUUGCUUGUGA